GUCUAUAUGCGCCUUGGAAAAGGCACGAAGAAAAGGGCAGCCCUCGUCGCGGUACUGUCGCAGCUAGCAACUAGCGCGCGUUACCAGGACAAAGCUGCAUUCAAGCAAGUGUAUUAUGCAGCAUUGAUUACAUUAUACAUAAUUACAGGCUGCGCUGUCGGGCCCCGUGUGCCGAUGCAGCAUGCAGAAGACGGGAGCCUGGCAACACGCACGUCAGACGACUGGCUUUGUAUAGUUGCUAGGGUAGAUAAACCCGAGUAGUUAUCGGGCAAGGGCAGCAUUAAGCGAUACUCCGGUCCAUAACGCUCGCUGUGCACGUUCAGGAACUUAGCACGCGAACCAGUAUCACUCCCAUUAGCAAAAUGGCUUCUGAGGAGCAGGCGCCUAGCUCUGGGACGCCCGGGGGCAAGCUCUUCCUAGGGGGCCUGUCUUGGGACACCACAGAAGAGAAGCUGAAGGAGUACUUCGCCAAGUAUGGCGAGGUUCAGGAUGUGGUGGUGAUGCGCGACCGCGUCACGCGGAAGCCGCGUGGCUUCGGUUUCAUUACAUUCGCGGACCCCGCAGCGGCACAAGCGGCGUGCGCGGAGCCUCACACGAUAGACGGCAGACAGAUCGACGCCAAGCCAUCUGUGCCGCACGGUGAAGGCGGUCAGCAGCCGCGCAGCAAGAAGAUAUUCGUCGGUGGACUGGCUCCCGAGACUGACGAUGCGCAACUCAAAGCGCACUUCGAGCAGUAUGGCGCGGUCGUGGAGGCGUUGGUCAUGGUGGACCACAACAGCCAGCGCUCGCGCGGCUUCGGCUUCGUGACGUUUGCUGAGGAGCCUUCCGUGGAGAAGGUGUUCGCUGCGGGUCAGAUGCACGAGCUGGGCGGCAAGCAGGUGGAGGUGAAGAGCGCCACGCCGAAGGGGUCGGGCCCACAGGCCGGCCGCGGUGCUGGCCGCGGCGCGGUGUCCGCCGGCGGGGCCUACGGCGGCCGCGGCUACGGCGGCGGCGGCGGCGGCGGCCGCGGCGGCUACUACCAGGGCCAGGGCUACGGCGGCUACGGCUACGGCGGCUUCCCCGGCUACGGCGCGGGCGGCUUCGGCGGCUACGGUGCGGGUAUGCAGGGGUACGGCAACUACGGCAUGAUGGGUUACGGGGCCGGGUACGGCGGCAUGAUGGGGUACGGCGGCUAUGGCGGCUACGGCAACUACGGCUACGGGAACCAGCAGCCGUACGGCAACCAGCCCCAGGGUGGGCGCGGUGGUCGUGGCGGUGCCGGCGGCAGCGCUGAGGGCCAGUACUGAGCCCCCGCUUACGGAACAGCCCACGGCAAGGAGGGCUCGUGCGGCACACGGGCAGGCAUGAGGCGGCGGCCUGGUCCGACCGAGGCUGCACCGCUGCAGGCGGGCCGCGACAUUGAAGCGGAGCAUGCAGCUGCAGGGUCGCAGCGUGGGCUAGCCGUCCCAGAAACGGCCUGAGUCCGUCCUUGUAGGAGCGGGCGCACCCGCAGCCGCAGCGUUGGGUUGCUGCGCACAGCACGCCGCCGGUGCACCGUGCCGGCGGCGGAGGCCGGAAGGAUGCAUGGCGUUUGGAUGCGUUUGGAGCGACGCGUUGUUGGUUGUCGGGGUUGCAAGCUCUGUUAAGCUUAUCUUGUUCUUGUCUCGCCGUUUCGGGCAGAUGUCCUUCAAGUGACCCAUUCGAAGCGUCGAGGUGUCUUUCUGCGCCGGUGCCGCCGUGUUGGAGGCGUGGCGCGGGCACCUCUCGGCUAGUGCAGCGCGGCUCUGGCCUAGGCCCACAGGACAGGGGGCGCUACUGAUUCGUCAUCCUUUUGCGGAGUGUCGCGAGCACGUGUGCCGUUGCUGCGGUAUGUUUUGCCGCUGCAGCGGUAGCUGGUAGAAGUGGGGCCAUGGAUGGCGGUGGCGGCUGGGUGUCGUGAGGGACACGCGCCCGGCGCCUCGGUGACCCCACCGGCACGUCGGGUCUGUCGUUGUCGUGUGUGGGCGCGGCUUGCGCGUGGCGUGUGUGCCUUUACCGAGGCACAUGGCCAGCGAGGGCGCUUCCGGGCGAGUCCGACCGGCCGGUCGGGUCGCGCAACCGCAACUGCUGUCCCGAUUGCCGGGCCUGAUGCUAGUGUGCUGCUGAGAAGACACCACCAAGUUUGGCUGCAGGCAAAGCGGGGGAUGCUGGCACUGCUGAGUGCACGGGGAAUGGCGUGUGUCAGUUUUGAGUGCGCCUGUUGUGUGUCUGUGUGCAUGUAUGGUGCGGUGCAUCGCGUGCAGUGGUGUGAGAGGGCCGUGUAAGCGGUGGCUCUGUCUGGACCCGUGACGUUCUUUUACCGCUGUGACCGCGUGUCGCGUGUGUUCGUCGUGUGCAAUACGUGCCAAGUGUCUUUAUCGUGUACAUGCAUUGCGAUGGCGCGUGCAGUACAUCAAACUGCGAGUGUUGUGGGUGCAAGACGACGGCGGGGGUGGGGGUCGUUUACGAGAGGCUUCAGGCAGCGAGGGCGAAAGCAAAGACGAUGGGAUGCAGGUUGGAUCGAGAGGAGCCUGGUUCAUGCACAGCAAGUAUCCAUGGGCGCAAGACCUCGUGGGUGUGUCUGGGUCAGGAGAAGAAUGAUGUGUACUUGUUUCGGGGCCUUGGCAGCUGGCGCAGGCGCACGCAGGUGUGCCGGAUUGCGCGAUGUGAGCGCCCCGAGUCCACCGGUUGAGAGAGAAUCAGUGGAGAGAGAGGGAGAGAGCGUACUACCAGACACCACAGGUUCAAAGAGUCGAUACAACAUGAUGAGGCGGGGGGCCUGCGGAGCGGGCCCGCUUUUGCAGUAAGAAGGGUGGCUGCAUGGCACGGGCGGACGGCUGCGGGCUGGCGGGCGUGGACGUGUGUGAGAUGUAAAGGCGGCUGCCG